CACGAUGAAACGUAUACUUGCUCACGUAGUUUUACUAUUCACCUGUACAGUGGGAUAUGUAGCGAAUAACGUGAAAUAUUCUGAAAGUACUACGAAAUUACCGGUAGACGUCAUAGAAGAAACUGUGAAUAAAAAAGUUAGUGCUAAUAUAAAUGAAUCGGAUAAUAGUAACCGUAGUAAAUACAUGUAUUUAGAAGAUGUGUUGGUGGGAUUGAAAUAUCAGAAUUGGACUGAGGAGGAGCUGCCGUGUUUGAACCAAACGUUAGUGUUGAUUCGGAGUUUGCAGAAUUUUACGCUUUGGGCUGUUUGGGAAUGGGACUCCGUUUCAUCUCAGCCUCUUGGCCUUCUCUCUGGCAACCGAUACCAACUAGGCAACUUCGACCAAUGCAUGAACCCGCCAUGGAUGUCCACCUAUCCUGAAGUGGAGUCCCAGUACUGCUUAGCUGAAGUUUCCCUUGAGAGGAGCGAUCAUGCGAAAAAGAGACGGCUAGAUGACAUAAAACCCUACGAAAACGCACUGGAUUUUAUACAACACCACACGCCAAACGUCCGUCCACUAUCCCACUUGACAUGGGGUGCUUGCGUGCCUUCCGUAUGCCAACCACGUUCAGUAGAACGCCUGGUGAGCGCAGUGCUUGCCCGCAGCCAUCUUAGCGCGGCUGGGCUGCGCCCGCGCAUUGCUGUGAGCGAGCCCUGUCAGCAGACAAACAGCCCGAGGAAAUUCGACGCACUGUUCUACGCUUUCGUAGCUCUUAUGGUUGGACUAGCCAUAAUUUGUUUGAUAUGCACAAUAAUUAACGCUAGAAGAGAAAUCAGUAACAGCUUGAGUUACAAUGUCUGCAAAGCUUUCUGUCUGAAAGAAAACUCGAAAGACCUGCUGAAAAUGCAAAAAGACGGCAUUGAAGUUAUCUAUGGAAUACGAUACCUAACAAUCUGCUUCAUUGUGAUGUGCCACCAGGCUGGCAUGCUGAAUUCUGGGCCGAUCAGCAAUGGCAUAGGAGUUGAUAAAGAGGUAACUUUAUCACCAUUUGCCAUAUUUAUCCUUCACGAUGACGUAUUUGUGGACACUUUCUUCGUGAUCUCCGGAUUCCUCAUGGCCAAGACCAUCACAGCAUACGAGAAACUUCCUAACAUCUUCUUGCUACUAUUGAAAAGAUACAUAAGGUAUAAUAUGAAUACUCACCAUACGCCAAACGUCCGUCCACUAUCCCACUUGACAUGGGGAGCUUGUGUACCCUCGGUAUGCCAACCACGUUCUGUAGAACGCCUGGUGAGCGCGGUACUUGCCCGCAGCCAUCUUAGCGCGGCUGGGCUGCGACCGCGCAUUGCUGUGAGCGAGCCCUGUCAGCAGACAAACAGCCCGAGGAAAUUCGACGCACUGUUCUACGCUUUCGUAGCUCUUAUGGUUGGACUAGCCAUAAUUUGUUUGAUAUGCACAAUAAUUAACGCUAGAAGAGAAAACAGUAACAGCUUGAGUUACAAUGUCUGCAAAGCUUUCUGCCUGAAAGAAAACUCGAAAGACCUUCUGAAAAUGCAAAAAGACGGCAUUGAAGUUAUCUAUGGAAUACGAUACCUAACAAUCUGCUUCAUUGUAAUGUGCCAUCAGGCUGGCAUGCUGAAUUCUGGGCCGAUCAGCAAUGGCAUCGGAGUUGAUAAAGAGGUAACUUUAUCACCGUUUGCCAUAUUUAUCCUUCACGACGACGUAUUUGUGGACACCUUCUUCGUGAUCUCCGGAUUCCUCAUGGCCAAGACCAUCACAGCAUACGAGAAACUUCCUAACAUCUUCUUGCUACUAUUGAAAAGAUACAUAAGACUAGUGGUAGCUCUAGCAGUGGUGGUAUUCUACGUGUGUGCCAUCUUCCCUCUCACCGGCUCCGGCCCUCUGUGGGAGAGGUUCGUGGCGGGCGAGACGGACGCGUGCCGAACCAACUGGUGGCUCAAUAUACUCAUGCUGAGCAACUAUAUCAACACGGAUAAUGCGUGCAUCGUAGUCUCCUGGUACAUUCCUUGCGACUUCCAUCUAUUCGCGCUGACCAUCCUCACAUACGCGCUGUACAAACGUUGGCGCGGGUUUGGGCUGGUCUGCGCCUGCGUUCUGACCACCGCCUCCGUCAUCACCCCAGGAGUUGUCAACUACGUCAACAAUCUGUCUGCGGUGCAGCUGUUUACUUUUGAUUUCGUAGCCAACCCUCGAGCAAACGCCCAGUUUCAAAUAGCAUACAUCAAGACCCACACCAGGGCAGCUGCGUAUAUCAUCGGAUUCUUUGCUGGGGGCUACUUUGCCAGUAAGAAGAAAAAUAAUAUCGUAUUAUCAAAGAAACGCUCAGUGACCGGCGCGUGCGCAGCCACAGUCAUCAUGUUACUGGUCAUGGUGAUCGGGACGUCAUACCUGUGGCGCAGCUACUCGCCGACUGAGGGCGCGCUGUACGCCGCUGCCAACCGUCCCGUGUGGGCCAUUGGUGUGGUUCUACUGAUACUGUGCUGCUCUUUUGGUGAUGUCCCGCUGCUGAAGAGCUUCCUCUGCUGGUACCCGUGGGUGCCGCUGAGCCGGCUGGCCUACGGGCUGUACCUCACGCACACUGUGCUCAUCAUCAGAAACGUCGGCAUUGCUAGGAACCCGGUCUACUACGACAACUUGUCUGUUUUCAUGUCAUCAUUGAGUGUGAUUUGUCUGGGGACCUUCUGCGCGUUCAUCAUCUGGCUCUUGGCGGAGGCUCCUGUCAACAACCUUUUCAUGCUGUGCCUCAAACCUAGAAAGAGACGCAUCUCGAAUGAUGGAGAAAACACAAUCGAAAGGCCAGAAACCAGUUCGGGUAAAACAGGAAACUUCAAUGUUGGAUACCUACAAGAAAAUUUAAAGGAAAAUUUGAGCAUUUCCUCUAAAAUGUAAAAUAGCACCUACUGGAACUGUUGAGGAUAUUGUAGCAUAAACAUUAAUUAAUGUUAAGUAAUACUUAAGUUAGUAUAAAUAAGUACUUGCAAAAAAGAAGGUACA